GACCUAUAAAAAGCAAGAGGUCUGUGUUGGCAGUCACAUCUCCAGCUUCCUACACACUGCCAUGGGGCAUCUUAAACUCUUAGCCUUGUUCAUGGUGUGCUUGCUGCUCGUGAGUCAGGUGGGAUCAUCUCCCUUGCCCAAACAGAGCUCAACCCAGAGAAGACUUAGAAGAAUGACCCCCUUCUGGAGAGGUGUCUCCCUCAGGCCCAUUGGGGCAUCUUGUCAUGAUGACUCUGAAUGCAUCACAAGACUAUGCAGGAAAAGACGCUGUUCCCUCAACAUGACCCAGGAAUAAUAUGUGAACUGAAAAAAAGAGAAGAAAGCAGCUGCUUCUAACAAUGCUCCGUUCUAUGGAAUAUUGAUUAUUAGCUGCAUAACUCCUGAAAUUAUCUGUGAAGCUGUUUUACUAUUUAAUAUUUAAAGGCAGAUAGAUGCAUACCUUUACUCAGUACCAUUCUUAAAGAACAUGAACACAUGGAUGAAGACCUUCAAAUUUUUGAACUUAAGAGUAUGUAUUUUUAUAUGCAUGUAUUUUUGUUAAAAAUUGAAAAAUUAAACUUUUUAAAAAAUCUUUUCCUAACAAUCAAACAAA